CAGCUUUAUCCCACUAAGUUAGCCGAAACGAGAAGGUACGCCAAACACUUCCCUUCCCUUUAUCUCCAAGUCUGAGACAGAAAAUUGUCUCUCUCUCCUCUAUCUUCCCUCUCACCAUCGCAUGAAUUCAAACCCUAUCACUUUCCUUCACUAGAUGAUAAUGGGGCUUCGAGCCGUUAACACUUGUUCCCUCAUUCGCACCGCUUCUUCAACUCCUCUUUUUGCGCUUCAGUGCUGCUUUGGCCAUACCAAGACCUUGCAAUUUAGUGGUUACAUUAAAUUUGGAUUUCAGCCCAACAUAUUUCGCAGCGAGUCAUUUUACAGUCAUGGCAGCAGUAUCAGGAGUUGUUCAGUUCACAGUCUCGUCAACAGCGUCAUGGAAGAGCUCGCGUCUAUUCGCAGACGCAAGAGAGUUUGCUCCGCCAUCAAAUUAACCAGCAGCGGAGAGCUUCUGGAUGAUAAGCUUGUAAACCAGGUGCUUGAGAAAGGAUUGUUGCUGGAGUUCAAGAAGGAUUCUGACAGGGUACUACUGGCAGUGGCACAGAGACCAGAUGGAAAGAAGAAUUGGAUGGUGUAUGAUCAGAAUGGAGUUAUGUCCUCCAUCAAACCACAGCAAGUUACUUAUAUUGUUCCGGGUGUUGAAAAUUUUGAUUGCACAGAGAUCUCUAGAUUUAUUGAGAAGGCUCAAGAUAACUUGGACCCAUCACUGCUAGAGUUUGCUUGGGUUGAGCUUCUUGAAAAUAAUAAGUCAGUGACUCCAGAGGAAUUAGCAGAGAUGAUUUUUGGUAGUGCGGAGCCUCUUGAGAGCUAUUGUGCACAUCUUUUACUAUCAAAUGAUGAAAUAUAUUUCACAGUGUUGGAGACAAAAGGUUCUCGUUCUCUUUAUGGACCUCGACCUACUACACAGGUGGAAGAACUUAUGUGCAGGAAGCUUGCGAGGGAGGCUGCUGAGAAAGAUCUUCAUGAGUUUGUCCAACUACUAAAAUCUGCUAAGGCAAUGCCUUCACAUGCUAAACCUUCCAAAUCGUCAUGGAUAGUUGAAGAGAAAAUCCAACAAAAAAUCGAAUCUCUUGAAGCAUAUGCAAUUGAUGCAUGCAAAAGUGAUGACCAAAGGAAAACUGCAGGGAUGAUCCUCAAGGCAAUGGGAAUGGCAAAAUCAGCAUCCUCUGCUGCUAACCUCCUCAUAGAUGUUGGGUAUUUCCCUGUCCAUGUUAAUCUUGAUCUAUUGAAGUUAAACAUUGCUAUGGAUCAUUCAGAUGAGAUUAUAUCAGCUGCUAAAAAUCUUGUGUCAGCAUCAGUUGACCCAGACAAGACCAACAGGAAAGAUCUUACUCACUUGAAGGUCUAUGCCAUUGAUGUUGAUGAGGCUGAUGAGAUUGAUGAUGCCUUGAGUGCAACAAGGUUACAGGAUGGUCGGAUCAAAGUUUGGAUACAUGUUGCUGAUCCAGCUCGAUUUGUCCAACCUGGAAGCACAAUAGACAGGAAUGCAAUGAGAAGAGGAACUUCUGUUUUCUUGCCCACAGCUACUUAUCCAAUGUUUCCGGAGAAGCUUGCUAUGGAGGGAAUGAGUUUGAAACAAGGAGAGGUUUGCAAUGCUGUUUCAGUAUCUGUUGUUCUACAUUCUGAUGGCUGCAUUGCAGAAUAUUCUGUGGAUAACUCAAUCAUUAAACCAACCUAUAUGCUGACAUACGAGAGUGCAUCUGAGUUACUUUAUUUGAACCUCAAAGAGGAGGCUGAUUUAAGAAUUCUUUCUGAGGCUGCAGCUUGCCGGUUACAAUGGCGUUGCCAACAGGGUGCAGUUGACACAGCCACAUUGGAAACUCGCAUCAAGGUGGCCAAUCCAGAAGAUCCAGAGCCUUCAAUUAAUCUUUAUGUUGAAAACCAAGCUGACCCUGCAAUGCGACUUGUCUCUGAGAUGAUGAUACUCUGUGGGGAAGUCAUGGCCACCUAUGGCUCUUGCCAGAACAUUCCUUUACCCUAUAGAGGACAACCCCAAUCAAAUAUUGAUGUAUCUGCAUUUGCACACCUCCCUGAAGGGCCUGUUAGAAGUGCUGCAAUUGUCAGAAUAAUGCGUGCUGCUGAAUUUGAUUUCAGGAAACCUAUACGGCAUGGGAUUUUGGGAGUUCCUGGUUAUGUUCAGUUUACUUCUCCCAUUCGCAGAUAUAUGGAUCUUCUUGCUCAUUAUCAGGUCAAAGCUGUUCUUAGAGGUGAUUCUCCUCCUUUCUCAGCUGGUCAGCUCGAAGGGAUGGCAUCCUCGGUUAACAUGCAAACUAGAGUAAUAAGGAGGCUUUGCAACAGCAGUCUUCGCUAUUGGAUAAUUGAAUUCUUGAAAAGGCAACCAAAGGAGAGAAGAUAUCAUGCACUGAUCCUUAGAUUCAUCAAAGAUCGAGUUGCAGCCUUACUACUUGUUGAGGUGGGCUUUCAAGCGUCUGCAUGGGUGUCUGUGGGAAGGCACAUAGGAGAUGAAAUACAAGUCCAGGUAGAAGAAGCUCAUGCACGUGACGAUAUUGUUUCCCUCAAGGAGGUUAUAUAGGGAGAUAAUAAGGUAAUUCUAACGAAAGAGCUUAUUGCUGAAGAAAACAAAUGCCAGAUCAUCUCAAAAUGUUCGAAUUCAUCUUGGUAAUUACCUAGAUUCUCCUUAGCUUGCUCUGCUAAUUCAUUGUUCUACAAGGAUGGCUGACGUGAAAAAUUCCAGCACGUAACCAUUCAAGUCUGGGAAUGCAAAUUUUGGAACAAAUCAAUUUCAUUGUUCUGAAAAGCUGCAUUGUAAUUCCAUCUACAGCUAUAUCUCUGCCCAGCUAUUCUCAGAAAAUCUGGGAUUUGAUCGGCGUCAUGGGCUGGCUGCUUAUGUUGUGGUUUAAAUUGUCCAUGUUUUUUCAACUUUUGGUUGAUGAGGUGAAGGUUCCAUAUUCGGGGCUAGCAUUCUUUGUAUCCGUGAUUUUGUUUUCUUAGAACAGGCUAACAAGUUUGUAGCUGAACUUCCAAUACCAAGCUAUACCAAAGUUGUGUAUUCCUCACCAUGAAUGUCUUUGACGUGUUGAUUGUACUCAGGAUUCAGCAUUUUGGCAUGUUUUCUGUUAUAUAUACAUGUAUUGCAAAA